CAAUCCGAUACUUUGGGAACAUCACGUAGGUAUUAGCUGGUAUAAACACACGCCGCAGACGAAAGCACUGUGUACACGCUAGUUGACAUUACAAUACAGACUAGGCUAGAGAUGGGAGGGCAGCUGACGUUUCCUCGGGUAACCAUCCCUGCAAGUCGGGUACACAUCAUUACCGGUUCCAAUACAGGCAUCGGAUACGAGACAGCAAAAUGGAUAGCCAUGCUGGGAGGAACUGUUAUUAUGGCCUGCAGAUCAAAGAGCAGAGCAGAAGAGGCAAUUGCCCGGAUGAACCUGGAGUAUGAUGAAGAAAGGACAAAGGGAUCACUUGGAGGUCUCGAAGGCAACACGCAGCUGAACGUCUUCUUCAUGAAGCUAGACUGUAGUUCUUUAAAAUCAACCAUGGAAUUUGUUGACGAAUUCAAGAAAACUGGCCUCAAACUUCACGUGUUGAUCUGUAACGCUGGAAUCGGAAUGCAUAAACAAGCUUUUACGGAAGAUGAAAACGAAAUCCACUUUCAGGUGAAUUAUCUGAGCCACUUCCUGGUUGCCGCCCAUCUACUUCCGCUUAUGAAGCGAUCAGGAGAUGAUUGUCGCAUCGUUCUUGUAUCCAGCAUGCUGCACAGUCUCGCCAAGUUUGAACUGUCCACUAUUCACGGCAGACAGUACUCCCCACGUAACUUCGAUAGACUGCAGUACUAUGGCCGUUCAAAACUCUACCAGAUUAUGCAAAUGUACAGCAUGAAUCGUCGACUUCGAAGCUCAAACGUCACUGUGACGUCAUUACACCCAGGAGUUGUACGAACGGAACUGGAGCGAAAUUUCAAAGACUUCCCUACUAUGAGAAUGGGCAUGUUCAUGGCAAAGCUGAUUGGCUACUCGGUAACCCCGUUUGAGGGAGCGCAGACGACACUUAACGCAGCGAUUAAUCCAGAUUUAGCCGGAGUGAGAGAUGUGUAUUUCGUCAAAUGUAGAGGCGAAUGUCCAGCAGAAGCUGCAAGGAACGUUGCGUACCAGGAAUCACUUUGGAAGUACACCCUGGAUAGUCUGGAUUGUUACCUCACUGAUGAUAUCAAGAGCGAGCUGGACGGCAACGUCAAGAGCAACCUAAAACGUGGUUCCGUACGAUGGUCACCAUAGCAACACGGACAAAAACAUUAAGAAUUUCAUGCAUAAUAUGACCAAGUCAAAACAAAGGCUGAGGGUUAACACCUUCGGACUCUUUAUUAGACAAUGUACAUAUAGCUUUUAAUAAUCUGCAAUGGACCAGGUGUUACUAACAGCAAGUGAGUAUCGUCCUGGGUGGGCUAGUCCGGUCUAAUAAAAAAUAUAUCUUCGCAUCGCUUCCGUUAAUUGACAUGUAAUGUGGAAGAAGACCAAGCAUCUUCCCACUCAGGGUCACCUUUGCAGUAGCCAAUCAGACGACAACUUACGCUUUCCUGCAAGUAAUUAUGUAAUUGUAUCGGAACACACUUGUCACACUUAAAACCAGAGAGUGCCGUGAGGUCACUCAUGACAUAACAUCAAGUAUACAGAAAUGUAUUUACAAUUAAAUACUUUUGGGGUUUUGGGGUUUGUUUCGAGACAAGAAAGACUGACAAUUCUGAUUAUAUUAUAGUUACAACGUUCAACAACUUGAAGCUAAAAUUAGCAGAUGACAAAUUGCACAACAUCAAAGUAAGUAAUAGAAUCGACAGAGAACUUGGACGAUGGACAAAAGCUGGAUCGUUACGUAAAAGAAAGCUACUGUCAUAUUGGUUGAAAGCAAGAGUUAUCUCACAUUUGAUUGGCUUGUUAUAAAUAUAUUAUCAUCGAGUGACCUUUGAUAUGACCCUUGAUACGUGACAGGUAGCUAUCAUACAAUGUAUAUUAAGCAACCAGGCAAGGGACAGUCAUCAUCUAUAUUGUAAUGAUGUGGUAUCUUACAGGUUUUUUUCUUAUUUCACUUAUAAAUAUAAUCGUAAUGCAUCGAUUGUUGAAAACGGCCGUAUUGUAAUUAUAUUUUAAAUGUGCAUCACGCAUUGCUGGAGUAUGCUAAAUAAUCCAGGAUCCCAUUCAAGUACGAAAUGUUUAAUCGUUAAAUGUUUAAUCGUUACACGCUGUGAGACGUCUUGAGCAGACGAUAUUUGAUCAAUUUAGUGUAGAAGGUUUUCAUGACUACUACACAUAAGUGCUGUCAUUUUUUGUGAUCAAACAUG